AUGCAGAGAAGUGAGGGCAGCAACCUCGUUCGAGGCCAUAAAGGCAUGGAGCGACUUCCGCAGCAAUUUCAAAGCUACUUCCCGCUCCUGCUUUCGGUGGUGAGGACUUCGAGGAUGCGCGGCUCUCGCAUCGCAGCAUUGGCAGCCCUUGCGCUCGCUCUCUGGGCAGGACGCGCCUUCAUUGCUCCCAGCAAGGCGCCUGCCAGGACCAGCAAGACGCAGAUGGGCUUCUUCGAGCAGGAUAAGUCGAUGGUGAAGAAGACAGAGGAGAAAAAGUCGCUGGGCGGAAUCUGGGAUGCAAUCCAGGUUGUCGAUGACUACACCAAGGAGGGCAGUGCCAGCAUCAAGGGCCCAUUUGCCGGCGUCCCGUGGCUCACGAUCGUCUACUUCGUCAUCUUCUUCUGGCUGAUCAACAUCUUCGUGACCGAGGGUGGCAAGCCGGACAAGCCAAUCACGCCUUGA